AGUCCUCGAUGAAAUUGCUCACUCCUCCCGGUCAAUUCCAGUACAAAGAAAAACAAACAUAAACUCUCAACCCCGACGUAACACCUGUGACACACCAAUGGCAUUGCCCCAGUGAUAAAUAAUAAAAAAUAGCGCAAGUGGUGAAUGAAAAAAAGCAUCGGUUGUCCGUGUGAUCUCGUACUUUUGGAGCUCCUGGUGCUGGUCCCGGUGACGGAGGUACAUCACGGUCCCAGGCGGAUCGGAUCAGCAAGGAGCCAAGGGCCCCAUCCGAAAUUACCGAGCCCUCGAACAUGGGGACUCGCUAUCCGCGACGCUCAGAGCAGCAAGACGAGAAGAGUGCGGAGAUUUUUUUGAUGAAAAACUGAGGUGAUCACGCAUGUUGGGAUGGCAGCAACCGAUGGUCAAAUAGUAGUUGCUGCGGCGCGAUGGGCGGACGAAUCGACAUAUCUCCGUGAAUUUGUCACAAAAUAUCGUUUACCAGCGGUUAUAAAAAUAACAAAAGGCCAGUAUGGUGGCUUUGGUGUGCCAACACUACCAGCACCGAGUCUCCAGAGUACAGCUCUCCUGGUAUCAGCUGGAAGAAGACGGAAGAUUGUCGCCCAAGCGGUGAAAAUAAAGGAAGGUAGACGAGUCGUUGGAAUCGGACCGAGACUCGCAAUACCAGACUCUUACUCAGGAUACUUUGAAAUUCUGAGUGAAGAGGGUAGAGCUGUUCGUGGAAUAGAAUCAGUCAACGAGCUGUCACGAAGAUGUCCAGAGGAAGGUGCACUAGUGAGAGAAACAAUUCGGGGUAUAGCCUGCAAGGUUGAGGAUUCUGGUAAUGUUGUGGCCGAAGGGAGUAGAACACUAACAGCUGGUGAGACUAUAGUGGCAGCUGGUGAGGUGAGUCUUGCAAGUCGCGGUAGAUUUUUACGUUGUGUUGACAGUCGUGGUGACAAUAUUCUCCUGAGUAUGGAUCAACGUGGUCGAUUCAGUGCCCUAGCUAGAGAGGACAACAUAAGCGGUGUGCAUACGGCUCGUGCAUUGCUCUGUAAACGGCUGCCACUGACAGUACGGUUAGUCCAUGGUCAGCCACCUCGAGGUCUCAAGUCAUCCUCACAAUUUCUACCCGAGUUGAGGCUACUCUCGACGUUUGAGGAGGAGCACGUGUUCGCUCUACCACUGCAGAGGGAAGGGGCUGCGAUAGCAUUGCCCCUUGCAGCACCACUCAAGCUUGUCAAAGCGAGAAACGAGGAUGCAUUGAGGUCGAUGACGGAAUUUACGAGAUUGGUUGAUAGAGCCUCAAGACUGGUCGCUGACGUUGCCGAUAGGGCGCACGUACUCGACGGUAGACUCGGUGAGAGCAAGCAAAAUAGACAAACAAGGAGCGCCGGCUUUCUCAGGAGAUCCGCUAGUUCAGACAGUGCAAAUCAUCAUCGUCAUUAUUAUCAUAAUCAUUAUCAUCACAAUCAUCACAGUAGCCACAGUUAUCGGGAUGAGAAUCGAGUGCCACCUUCAUACACUGAGGAUUACGAUGAGAUUGAUCAGAUUUAUGAUUAUGUUCGGGGCUUUGCACCACUGCCCAAGAGUGUCAGAUCACCAUACGAGAGUCCAAACAAUAAUACUAACCAGAAUACAAGUCCACCACUCACUCCUGUCACUGUUACGAUUGCACCGAUGCUUGAUGAUCGGCCAGAACCACCGCCCAUCGAGACCAUACCAACCAAGAAAUUGCAGGCGGAGAAGAGAACUCGACGGGCUGUCAAGGAAACACCAAUGCCUAAAGUCGAGAAACCACCACUGGCUAAACUCUAUGUUAAGAACAGUGGAACACAGCGAGGCCGUCCACUCAUACGGCAAAAGAGUGCAUCACCACUCAAGGAAACACCGCCGGGCUUCAAAGGAGGAUCACCUCUCUUCAAUAUACGCUACAAGAGUCUCACCAAUCUUCAACAGGCCAUGGAACUCGAUGGUACACUCGAUUCAAGUCAUUCUGGUGGAAGAACCUCCGGUGAUUCCGGGGCAGGCGCUAAACUGCCGGAGAAAAGAUCGCGACGACUGAGUAGACCUCGAUCCCUGACCAAUCUCGUUUGGGAUCUGCGGGGUGCCAAUGGAGCAAGACCCGAAACUCCACCACCAGUGACAGCAUCACCACUAGCACCAACCAAGUGUGGACCAAGAUUGGCAGUGACAGUUAUUGCUCCACGACGCGUUGGCACGCUCUACCUCUAACUCAUUCGACAAACGAAGGAAUGUCGAGGGUAUCAGAGCGCCCAAACGGAUCUCCAGGAUGGCGAAUCAAUGGAAAAUAGUCCAGCGCCAGAGGAAACGUCAAUGACAGGGAAAUUGACCAUAAAAAAUACAAGAGCCUCACGAUAGUUUGAAUAAGACAGCUCCAACAGGUCGAAAAUAAAAAAAAAAAUUAAAAAACUGCUCAUCCGUACUGAAAGAGAAAAAAAUGAUUGGACGAAGGAGACCAUAUCACAUCGAGUGAUCAUGAAUUUGUUGAAAUGCAUUUUGGUUGAGCUGUCAGAAAUGCCAUAAUAAUGACCAAGUUUUAAUUUGUGGUUGUACUUAAGUCAUACCCUCUACACGAUAAGCCUUUUAGCGUUUCUUUACACAAAACGGCUACGCUGGCAUUCCAUUAUCAGAGAGUGUCUCAUAGUUUUUGUUUCUUAUUCAUCCGCAAUUGCAGAAUAUCAAAUGAUUACAGAGUCGAUCUCCUUUCCCUUUUCUCCCUCUCCACCCCCUUUCCUCCUUCAUCCCUUUUUUUUAAUUUUUUUUUUAUUCCAAAACGUACAUCCCCCAUUACCGUUAUGUUAACUCUUGAACCUUAAGGGAAACAGUGUGAUACGAACAAAAGUAAAUUACAUAUCCAUUAGAGGAAUGAACAGCGAGGUUUACGAUGCUUAAUACUAGAAAUCAUCGGGAGAAAAAAGAGAGAAAAACGGGAGAAAAAUGUUAAGAUUGAGGGAAUCAAGCAAGGCUGACUCAUUCAAUCCAGUGGUCCCAUCGGAAUAAUCAAAUUCAUUUUGAUAAUUGUGGACGAACGAUAAAUUUUAUCACAGAGUGAAAAAUACUUUUUCAUUUUUGGAAUGAUGUCGAAAAUUUAAUGGGAGUAGAAAGAUUCAUGGAUUAUUCGAAUUUAAAUUUAAUUGAAGUGUAAGAAUGAGGGAAAAUUAAUGAUUUAUCUCUGUGAUCCCUCGGGAUUUGGGACCACGAUGAUAAAACACUCACGGCCAAUAUUAAUUUUCGGUAUCCGGGCCUUAGUCUCAUUUUUGUGAUUAUUAUAGAGGUACAUUAUCGUUUAAUGUAGUUUAGGCUAGGCUUUUUUAAUUGUAUGAAUGCAUCGGAAACAUUUCAAAAUGAGCUAGAAUGUGGUGUGGACAUUUUGUCGGCCAGUCGGUGGCAUUUCGUCGUUGUUAGCAGUAGAGAAUGGAAAAUUCACGAUUAAAGUCAAGUGGCCUUAUUAAACAAUAAAGAAAAGUUAGAGGAAUUGCAGGAAGCCCUAAAAAUCCAUAGCAAAAAGGUAAAAGUUGACAAGUUCACAGGAAUCGAAGGGAAAUAUCGAAAUUUUUGUCAGGACCUCUUUUACCGAGUGCAAUUAGAGCUACAAAAAAGUUCCUCCACAAAUUUUGGUGUAUCCCUUCAUUCGGAGUUAUUCUCUUGUUACCCUUUUACCUGUUUGCUGAAAUAUCUGUUCCACUGCUCCAGAAUGAGUAAAUUUUAUGUGGGAAUUUCAGUACGAGAGAGAACGCACGUGAGAGAAAAAAAAA